UCACUUCUAAACAGUUUCGAAUUUCUUCCUCCUUAAAUCACCGUCCUUGUUGGUCCUUUUUCCGUAGAAUCGCUCGAAUCAAUCAAAGUAAAAGCCUAUUCUCUUCAUCUUCAGGUUCUGUUUACACUUUCAUAUUCCGCCGAUGGAUCUCCGUCAGUUGAUCAGAAAUCAAACCGACGUCGCUUUCAGUCUGACGAAGCACGUUUUCCAAACUGAAGCCAAGGUUUCGAACCUGGUGUUCUCGCCGCUGUCUAUCCACGUUGUGCUUAGCAUGAUCGCAGCUGGCAGCAAGGCUUCCACCCUCGACCAGCUCCUCUCUUUCCUCAAGUCAGAAUCCAGUGACCAACUCAACUCUUUCUCCUCCGAGCUUGUUUCCGUUGUCUCCCACGACGGAAGCCCCGCAGGUGGGCCCCGCUUGUCUUUUGCCAACGGUGUUUGGCUCGAUAAGUCUCUCCCUCUCAGGCCUUCUUUCAAACAGGUCGUGGAUCAUGUAUACAAGGCUGCUUCCAAUCUAGUCGAUUUCCAAAACAAGGCUGUUCAAGUGGCCGGUGAAGUGAAUUCUUGGGCUGAGAAGGAGACUAGCGGUCUUAUUAAAGAAGUUCUUCCUCCAGGAUCAGUUGAUGCUUCAACAAGGUUUAUAUUUGCUAAUGCACUCUAUUUCAAAGGAGCUUGGAAUGAAGCAUUUGAUGCAUCAAAAACAAAAGACUAUGACUUUCACCUUGUAAAUGGCAAUUCUGUUAAGGUGCCUUUUAUGACUAGCAAAAAGAAGCAAAUUGUUAGUGCCUAUGACGGUUUCAAAGUCCUAGGGCUUCCAUAUAAACAAGGUGAAGAUAAACGUCGUUUCUCCAUGUAUUUCUUUCUCCCAGAUGCAAAAGAUGGUCUGCCAGCUUUAGUAGAUAAAGUGAGUUCUGAAUCUGGCUUCUUAGAACACCACCUUCCUUCUCAACCAGCUGAAGUGGGUGAAUUUAGAAUCCCAAGAUUCAAGAUUUCAUUUGGACUUGAAGCUUCUGCAGUUCUGAAAAGAUUAGGGCUUGAAUUGCCUUUCUCCGGUAAAGGAGGUUUGGCAGAGAUGGUUGAUUCGCCUGAGGGUCAGAACCUCUAUGUUUCAAACAUAUUCCACAAGUCUUUUAUUGAAGUUAACGAAGAAGGGACAGAAGCUGCUGCUGCUACUACUGCUGUCAUAAAACUCAGGGCUCUGUUUGUUCAAGAUCCAAUAGACUUUGUGGCUGACCACCCGUUCCUUUUCCUGGUCAGGGAAGAUGUGACUGGAGUUGUUCUCUUCAUUGGGAAUGUCCUCAAUCCUCUUGAAAACUAAUAAAUCAGCCAUGCUACUUUGUGGAUGACCUUGUUACUGGAAUGGUCUGUCUUUUGACCUAUGUAAAUUAUGCUUUGUUGUUGCCUUUAUUUAUGUACUUUUUCUUAGUUGUUCAGCCUAUGUUUAACUACUGCACGACUAUAUGUAAUAAGUCACAUAAGAAAUAAAUUACGUGUCUUGGUUU